AAACAGAAACUCAGAAACUUUUUAACUGUACUUAACAACGGACGAACGAAUUUUUUUAAACUUUAAAAAUUCAUUGCUUGUCAAGAUUGUUUAAUUAAUUUAUUAACUUAUUUAAGAGAUAAAACAAUAAGUAGGACAAAAUUGAUUCCCCAAAGCAGAAAAAAAGAAAAAUUAUGAACAAUGAAGGCAAAAGAGAAAAAAUUGGCAUAGUUGGUAGUGGCCUUAUUGGACGUUCCUGGUCAAUGCUAUUUGCAUCGGUUGGUUAUCAAGUGAUGCUUUAUGACAUUAUGCCGGAACAGGUUAAAACAGCUUUAAUGAAUACCGAACAGGAAUUGAAGAAUUUGGAAGCGAAAGGCCUGCUACGUGGCAAACUGAGUGCUGCCAAACAAUUUGACUGUUUAACGGGGACAAAUGAUUUGAAAACUUUAGCCAAGGAUGCCAUGUUUAUACAGGAAUGCAUACCGGAGAGAUUGGAUAUGAAGCAGUCCUUCUAUAAACAACUUGAUGAAAUUGUUGAAGCGCAUACAAUAAUAUCGAGUUCCACCAGCACAUUUUUACCAUCAUUAUUUGCUAAAGACUUGAAACAUAAGGAGAAUGUCUUAGUAUCGCAUCCGGUUAAUCCGCCAUACUAUGUACCGUUAGUGGAAGUUGUACCUUCGCCGUGGACUAAAGCUGAUGCGGUAGCAAAAACUCGGACUCUAAUGGAGGAAAUCGGUCAAAAGCCGGUAACGUUAAGUCGCGAAAUUGAAGGUUUCGCUUUAAAUCGCAUACAAUAUGCGAUAAUCAAUGAAGUAUGGCGUUUAGUUGAAGCGGGCAUAUUAAAUGUAAAGGAUAUAGAUAGCGUUAUGUCCGAUGGUUUAGGUAUGCGUUACGCUUUUUUGGGUCCUCUUGAGACUUGCCAUUUAAAUGCUGAGGGCAUCACCAACUAUUUGGAACGUUAUUCAAAAACCAUUCAUUCGGUUAGCGAGACUAUGGGUCCACCACCCAUUAUGGAUGGAAGUGCUACAGCGACAGAGGUAGCUAAACAAUUGGAAGAUUUAGUACCGUUGGAUAAGUUACCCGAAAGAAGAUUAUAUCGUGAUAAUUGCUUAACCCAGCUAAGCGUAUUAAAAGCGAACAUAAAUGGGAAAAAAUAAAUUGCAUUUUUAUUAUAACGAAUUAUCAGAACAUAUUCAAUUAUAUAUACAUAUA